CGACCCAUAACGUCUACGACCUGUGACGAGAUCGUUUCUCUACUCAGCGAAAUGUACACCCUGAUUUUGCGCUUCCAAAGCCUGCCCGAAGAAUUCAAUAUCAGUUACGGACCCCACACUCUCCCAUCAUUUGACACCGAUGCCUGGAUUGAGGCUGGUAUGGAUCCCGAGACCGUCAAUGUCCUGUCGAAACUACCCCUUUUCAAUUCCGACAAGGAGAAAAUUGGUCCUGAUAUGUCUCCCAUGCUCUAUUUAAGGGACGCACAGACUGUGGAGUCCGAUGACGAGGAAACGAGCGAAAAUAAAGAGGAAGACGAAGACGAAGAAGAGAACGAGCGAAGAAUGCAUCUCGAAUCAUGGACCGAUCCGUUCUUCCUGAAGCCUGAGGAGAAGUACAUCGAGUCAUGGUGUAUACCCCUCACUUCCGCCAAUCAUGGUGGAUAUGUUCUAAUCUUAGAUUGCAAAACUAGUAAGCUAUCAUUUAUCUGUCAUUGAUGAUUACUCGUGUUGGCGUACCCUAGGUAGACGAGAUAUUUGAGGUCGAUUAUUUCAGCGCUCGAUAUGACCUCCCCGAAGCUCCUCCCGACACUCAUAAAGGUUACUAUCGCCAUUUUCCGUCCGGGCCCGCUCCCAAUGUUCUCAAGAAGUGGGUUGCAU